CUAAGAUAUAUAUUGUAGGCUCAGGCAGCUGCUUUUCAUCAAAGUCAAGAUGGAUGCAUCCAGCAUAAGGCCUCCUAUCAAAGCACGUCGAGAUAGCCAUAUCUGCGAUCUACGAAAUUCCGACAUGGUGUCUCUACCGGAAGAACUCAUCGAAGCCAUACUUCGAUAUGUCCAGCAUACAGGCUCGACUGCUGAAUUCUGGGCAUGUCUAAGAACUUGUCAACAAUGGCACAGGAUCGGGUUAGGGCUCCACCGAGCGCUGGACGUAGCAGUCUGCACGACGAUUGAAUCGACAUCGAGGCGUAUGGACUUCGAAUUUGAGCUAGACAGGUCGGAUAUCAAACUAGUUACCGAUUUCGAGCUCGGCUUCUCCAAGCUGUUCACCUCUAUGCUUCGGUCUCUUACUGUACAUAUCGUGCAUUCGAGGAUCAAGGCACUCUUCCGUCCUGUGCGGGGAAAAAACUUGAUUGACUCACUGAUCACUUCGUUCGCGGUCGCUGAUCAAUUGACCACGUUUUCUUUCAAGUUCGCAGACGAGGGAUGGGAUUUCCCGAGUAUGGAUGUUCCAGCUUUUCCAGCCAGUCGAUUGGCGGACAUGGUUGCUGCAUUACCAGAAACAGUUGUGAAUCUCGAGAUUGACACUGCGGGAACAGACAUCACCUUGAGUGACUCUUCCCUGGAGAAACGACCGAAUCGACAUCUAUGCCAUCAAAUUGCAAACAUCUUCCCUCGACUGGAGUAUCUUCGCCUCCGAGUCGGCCAUGUAUGCAAGACCUUGAUGCCAGUCCCGCCGGACAUGUCUCGCGACAACCCAACGCCAACUGCUUGCUCGCUUUGUGGAAGAGACGACAGAUCAGGGUGUUCAAUCGCCCGAAGCUGGAAUAUGCGGCAAAUAGUCGUCUACAUCCCCUGGGGCUUCAAAAACCACGACCUUUCCUUCACUCAGACCAUGCAACCGUUCCUCCUCCUCCACCCUCCUCACCCCAGCUUCGUCAUCAUCCACCAAGACGACUGGGCCUACCCAUCGCGCAUGAGCAUCACAUCCCCAACAUCGAGUCCCUACACCAACUUCAGCAUGACAACACACUCCAACCUUCUCCGCCCAGACACAAUAACCGGCUACAUCAACUGGCUCCCCCCCUCCUCACCACCACAACCUCCCUCUCACCCCCUCAAACCCACCCACUCCCCAACCCGCUACCUAACCCCAACCCGACAAUCCACGCCCCGAACCACACACCCGUACCUCACAACCUGGACCCUCGAAUCCUCAACCCGCUGGACGCAGCUCCACCACCUCGGGCCGCGGCACCCCAUCGCCCUCGCCUCCACACCCACAUCCCCCUUCCACCACCCUCCAGACCUCCACGUGCUGAAAGACCAUCCAAACCCACACCACAUACACUGGGCGUUCGCGCACGCCCCCGCGGCCUCCACGUCCCCGGCCUUCCAGGCCUCGUUCCUCCGGGCGGCGGACGACGACGACGACGACGACACGCAGGACGAAAUGCUGCUGUACCCGUGCCUGUUCCCCGCUUGCAGGGAGCGCUGCGAGGAUAUAGAGCAUCUGCUCGGCCAUGUCGUGUAUCGGCAUCCCGACCGCCCGCACCGCGGCAGUUGGUUUGGGAGGGUGGGCUGCGCGUUCGUGGGGUGCGAUAGGAUUGGCUCGAGGGGGUUUGGAGGGCGGGAGGAGCUGGAGGGGCAUUUGAGGGGGCAUGGUUGGGUGGGUGGGUAG